AUGCCGUCUUUCGCAAAGGCCGUUUUUCUGCUCCAGUUACUCUUCUACCUGGGUGAGACUGCUCAAGUGCGGCGGUCCAAGAGCGAAUCCAUACAAGACGACCAUGGAGAACCGUUUGCCACCCAUCGUCACAAUGGCCAGUACGAGAACAAUGACCGGAGAUUCUUCCUAACGUCUUCUACGCCUGCCUAUUCAACAGAAGCGCCAAACACCAGCCUCAUAUCGUCAAUAUACACAGCCCAGCGCACUACCAUCCCAGAGUCCUCGUCCCCGGCAGAACAGUCAGGCAACCCGAACUCUACGGUCCGAUUACAGCGACGCCAAUGUGUCUGGGACAUCCAUACCUUUCAGUGGGACUGCGACCACCGCCUUCCCAGCCUGUACGACCUGGUCGAUCGGUACCAUGACUCCCUGGACGGAGGAAGAGCCACGGCACAGAACUCGGUGUGGUUCUACAACAACAUGCCUGUGGCCACCGUAGCAGAGCGCGACUACACCGCGGGUCUGAUCCUGGGCAUGUUAGCAGCCAGCGGUGUGAGCGGCUACUCCAUCUUCGACGGUGUCAACACAUACUGGCGUCUCGCGCAGGAUCAGCACAUCCUCGAAAACGCCGACCAGGUCAGAGCCGCGAAUCCCGCACUCCGACCUACAGACGACCCGAUCACAAUCCUCCACCUGUGUUACUGCCAGGCCGCUGCCGUCGCGGCCGUCAACCCCGAUGCGUAUGUUUUCAUGCCCGGCGGGACCAUUUGGCGGCCGGAGAGCGUGUGGGCAACCACCGAGUUUCCUGCCUUGACGAGGAAUCCCAAUAUCAUGAGGAUCUGGAGGGUCGAUCCUCGUCCGGAGUCGCCCCUUUGCGGCUUCAGGGACUUGAUCUGGAGUAGGGACCACGGAGACCCGCCCUGGGCGCUGGGAUAUCUCUGUCCCCUCCUUUCCCCGUCACCCUAG